CGGUGAGGAGGCAGGACUUGAUUUGGAGGGCAAGGAGGAGGCUCCAAAGGGUUUAGACAGAGCCAUGACAUGAUCAGAUCGGUGUCUUUGGAAGAUCACUCUGGUUUCUGGGUGCAGAAACAGUGGGGAGCGGGCACAAAGAAAAGCAGGGAGAAAGUCAGGAAGCUAUUGCAGUGAGCCAGGCGCAUGGCGCAUGCGUAGUGCGGGAGCGAGCGAAAUUCAAUCGCCUGCUGAUUUACCUGGAACUCAAGCUGGGGGUCAUGGAGGCGGCUGGACGGUUUGUGGAAGCCGCGGCCUUAACUCCAGAGCAAGCCGCCCUUUACCAGAGAUAUGUGAAAGAGGCCAAAGAAGCAACUAAGAAUGGGGAUCUGGAAGAAGCUUUUAAACUUUUCAAUUUGGCAAAGGACAUUUUCCCCAAUGAAAAGGUGAUGAGCAGAAUCCAAAAAAUACAGGAAGCCUUGGAGGAGUUGGCAGAACAUGGAGAUGAUGAAUUCACAGAUGUGUGCAACUCUGGCCUGCUGCUUUAUCGAGAACUGCACAACCAACUAUUUGAGCACCAGAAGGAAGGUGUAGCUUUCCUCUAUAGCCUAUAUAGGGAUGGAAGAAAAGGAGGCAUCUUAGCAGAUGAUAUGGGAUUAGGGAAGACUGUUCAAAUCAUUGCUUUCCUUUCUGGUAUGUUUGAUGCUACACUUGUGAAUCACGUGCUGCUCAUCAUGCCAACCAAUCUCAUUAGCACGUGGAUAAAAGAGUUUGUUAAGUGGACUCCAGGAAUGAGAGUCAAAACCUUUCAUGGUCCGAGUAAGGAUGAACGUACCAGAAACCUCAGUCGGAUUCAGCAAAGGAAUGGUGUCAUUAUCACCACGUACCAAAUGUUAAUCAAUAAUUGGCAGCAGCUUUCAAGCUUGAAUGGCCAAGAGUUUGUGUGGGACUAUGUCAUCCUUGACGAAGCACAUAAAAUAAAAACCUCAUCCACUAAGUCAGCGAUAUGUGCUCGCGCUGUCCCUGCCAGGAAUCGCAUCCUCCUCACAGGAACCCCAAUCCAGAAUAAUUUACAAGAACUAUGGUCCCUGUUUGAUUUUGCUUGUCAAGGGUCCCUGCUAGGAACAUUAAAAACUUUUAAGAUGGAGUAUGAAAAUCCUAUUACGAGAGCACGAGAGAAGGAUGCUACCCCAGGGGAAAAAGCCUUAGGAUUUAAAAUAUCUGAAAACUUGAUGGCAAUCAUAAAACCCUAUUUUCUCAGGAGGACUAAAGAAGAGGUACAAAAGAAAAAGUCAAGCACCUCAGAGGUCGGACUUAGUGCAGAGAAUCCAGAUGUUGGUGCCAUUUGUGAAAUGCCUUCUCUUUCCAGGAAAAAUGACUUAAUUAUUUGGAUACGUCUUGUGCCUUUACAAGAAGAAAUAUACAGGAAAUUUGUGUCUCUAGAUCACAUCAAGGAGCUAUUAAUGGAGACACGCUCACCUCUGGCUGAGCUAGGUGUCUUAAAGAAGCUGUGUGAUCAUCCUAGGCUGCUCUCUGCACGGGCUUGUCAUUUGUUGAAUUUAGGGUCUGUGCAAUUCUCUGUUCAAGGUGAAAAUGAAGGGGAAGAUUCCUCAGAUGUGGGCCACAUUGAUCAGAUAACUGAUGAUGCACUGAUGGAAGAAUCUGGAAAAAUGGUAUUUCUGAUAGAGCUGCUGAAGCGACUGCGAGAUGAAGGGCAUCAAACUCUGGUGUUUUCCCAGUCAAGACAAAUUCUGAACAUCAUCGAACACCUCCUAAAGAAUCGGCACUUUAAGAUACUGCGAAUCGAUGGGACAGUUACUCAUCUUGUGGAACGAGAAAAAAGAAUUAACUUAUUCCAGCAAAAUAGAGAGUACUCUGUUUUUCUGCUUACCACUCAGGUAGGUGGUGUUGGCUUAACGCUGACUGCAGCAACCAGAGUGGUCAUUUUUGACCCGAGCUGGAAUCCUGCAACUGACGCUCAAGCUGUGGACAGAGUCUACCGAAUUGGCCAAAAGGAAAAUGUUGUAGUUUAUAGGCUGAUUACUUGUGGGACUGUAGAGGAAAAAAUAUACAGAAGACAGGUUUUCAAGGACUCACUAAUAAGGCAAACUACUGGCGACAAGAAGAACCCUUUCCGGUAUUUUACGAAACAAGAAUUAAGAGAGCUCUUCACCAUUGAGGAUUUUCAGCACUCUGCAACCCAGCUGCAGCUUCAAUCUUUGCAUGCUGCCCAGAGGAGAUCUGAUAAGAUACUGGAUGAACAUAUUGCCUACCUGCACUCUUUGGGGAUAGCUGGAAUCUCAGACCAUGACUUGAUGUACACACGUGAUCUGUCUGUUAAAGAAGAGCUCGACGUGAUUGAAGAAUCCCACUAUAUUCAACAAAGGGUUCAGAAAGCUCAGUUCCUUGUGGAAUUAGAGUCUCAAAAUACAGAGCUCUUAGCAGGAAGACAAAGAGCUGGAAAUGAGGGGACUUGGCUGACAGAACCCCUCUUCCCUUCUCAAAUGAAGAAGAAAUGCCCUGAACUGAAUAAACCGCAGCCUCGGCACUCACUAAUUCUACCUACUUAUCAUACCCAGGAAGAAGAAAUCAGUUCCCAAAUGGCGAGUGUCAUCAUUGAUGAUCUGCCUGAAGAGAGUGAGAAUCAAGACAUCUCCAGUAUAAAGAUAAAGAUGAAUGUUACCGUCUCGCAAGACGGUAGUCACUCCCCCGAAAGGACAUCCGAUGCUGGUUCUGUAGCUGCUUUACCUGAGGGGUAUGGGAGUGUAGAUGAAAUCUGGACCAACUCGUUGGGAAUGGUUCUACAAACAGAGGCAUUGCGAGAGGGGCCAACACGGGGAACGCUGCAAGAGAACCCUCUGGGAGAUUUUAACUCUCUACCGAGCAAAGCGGUUGGAGCUGAUCUGGGGCCAGAUCCAGAGCAACCAAACGCUGCUGAGACAUUACCACACUGCAACCCCUGGCCCGUGAGUCCCAUGACCCUUGAAAGUCAAACAGAACCUAACACAUCUGUAAUUAGAAGAGCUGAUGGCGACUUGUCAGCAUCCCACAGUGCGCUGCAGGACACUCAAGCAAGUGUGGCCAAGUUGGAAGAGGAACAUAUAGCCUCCUCAUCGCAGUAUGCAUGUGAUUUCAAUCUUUUUUUGGAAGACUCUGCAGACAGCAGACAAAAUCUUUCCAGGCAGUCUUCGCAGCACGCUGAGAACGAAAAGAGCUUGUGUGGUUCUGCAGCACAUUCUCAGGCAGAGCUUGAGUGGGACAAAGCACAUCUCAGCACGGAUCUUUUGGAGACCGAGGACGAGCCGGAAGAAGUAGUGGGUAACGUGAGAGGCAGAAGGAAAGCCAGAAGGAUCGUUUCAGAUGGUGAAGAUGAAGACGAUACUUUUAAAGAUACUUCAAGCACAGAUGCACUCACCACCUCUCCCUUUCUGUUCUUACCUAUGAAACAGUUUGAUGCUUCGACUCCCAAAAGUGACAUCAGUCCCUCAGGAAGGUUCUUCUCACCAAACAUCCCUGAUAGUGUAAGUAAGUCCAUCCACCCUAGACGAUCCCUGGCUUCUAGGAGGUCUCUUGUCAAUGUGGUUUUAGAUCACGUGGAGGAUAUGGAGGAAGAGCCUGACAGCAGCAGUGGAGCAGAGGCUGCAGCAGAUGAUUCCAAGGAAGGAGCAGAGGAGAGCAGUGGCGAAACCUUAGAGAGCACAGAAGGGCCUCCUGGCAAAAUGCUGCCUUCAGAGAACGAGUCCAGCCGGUUAACUAGCCCUCCUGGCAACCCCAAGCCUUUGUCCAGUGGGCAGUCGCUUGAUUCUCCCCGCAAGGAGGCAGCGGAGUCUGGGACUGACUACGAGACUCUUAUAAUCCGUGGGAAAGAACUGAAGGAGUGUGGGCAAAUACAGGAGGCCUUAAACUGCUUCGUGAAAGCGCUUGACAUAAAAAGUGCCGACCCAGAAGUCAUGCUCAUGACCUUAAGUUUGUAUAAGCAACUUAAUAAAACCUGAGACUAA